CUAUCGCAGUCGAUUCUUCGUACAUAAGGAGAGAGGAUGAAGCAUGAGCGAUUCGCUCGGAGAGAAGUACCUUCUGGUAUUUGUGAACAGCUGAUGCUUUCCAGGAGUUUCCAGCAGUUUCCAAUUGGUUCGAACAUGUGUAUGGUCAAUCCGGUUUGAUCAGUUCACUAAUUCGUUUAUUUAAUUUCAUUCAGAUACUCAUAUGAAUACUCGCAGUCUCGUCCGACUGGUGUGGUCUCGAGUGUCCUUGAUCGAUCAGACGAUCAAUUGACUGGCAUUAAUUGAUCAUUUAAUUCCUGAUUUAACAGAGAAGCGAACUAUAAUGUAGUCGGCAUGCAGUGGUUUUGAAUUUUGACGAAUCAAAGAUAAUCUUCAUUAAUGAAUUGUGUUUGACUAGCUGUAAAACGUGCGAAGAAUGCCUCAGGGAAGACGGAAAAUUCCGUUCAGCGGGAAAGCUAAGAAACAGCAAAUGCAGGCUAAGAAGCAGCGACAACGAACCUUGCUUGUAAAUUCGGAUGACGAUGACGAAAGCUGCAGCAAUGCGAGCAAUGAGAGAAAAGUGUUGAAAAUAAAUGAACAACCAAAAGACAGUAAAUCUUCAAGGAAUAAAUAUGCAUUACAAUUCUUUCAAGAGUCCAAUGAGAAAUUACGAAAACGUAAAGAACAAGCCUACAAAAGUAUUGAACCUGUGAGUCUUAAGGAUCAAGAAAUUUCUGAUGAUUACUUUCCACCUGGAAUUGAUAUGCCAAAGCGGCCUCCAUGGGAUUUCAAUAUGACAAAGGAGCAAUUGGAGAUGAGGGAACAGAGAUAUUUCACAGAAUACUUGAAAAGCAUGGAAGAAUUAGCUAGUUUGAGUUACUUUGAAUUAAAUUUAGAAACUUGGCGACAAUUAUGGAGAGUUUUAGAAAUGUCAGACAUUCUAUUAAUCAUUGUUGAUAUUAGAUAUCCCGUUCUGAUGUUUCCUCCAUAUUUAUAUGACUAUAUAACGAAAAAACUAAAAAAAGAUAUGAUUUUGGUAUUAAACAAAGUCGAUCUAGCACCUCCAGCAUUGGUGGUAGCUUGGAAGGAAUAUUUUCAAAGACAGUAUCCACAAUUACAUAUUUUAAUGUUUACAUCGUAUCCUACUUACAAUCUCCGGGAUAAUACAAAUAACGAGGAGGGUGUAAAGAAAAGGCGUCGUAGAGGAAAAUUGAAGAUGGCUGCGGAAGGAGCACAAAAGUUGGUAGAGGCUUGUAAAGAUAUUGUUGGAGACAAAGUCGACUUAAGUUCCUGGUAUGAAAAAAUUCAGGAAGAGAUGCACUUAGAAUAUGAUCUAGAUGAUAUAAAUCACAAGGAUAAUGUAACAAUAGAAAAGGAAGAUACUACUUAUUUUGAGCAUGAAAAAUAUAAAAACGGAGUUUUGACUAUUGGAUGUAUCGGAACACCGAAUGUUGGAAAGUCCUCCUUAAUGAAUGCAUUGAUGGGCAAGAAAGUUGUGAGCGUGUCUCGCACACCUGGCCACACUAAGCACUUUCAAACCAUUUAUCUCACAAAGACUGUGUGCUUGUGCGAUUGUCCCGGUUUGGUCUUUCCCUCAACCGUGCCCAAAGAGUUACAAAUACUAAUGGGUUCGUUCCCAAUUGCUCAAGUUAGGGAACCAUAUACUGUCAUAAAAUUUCUGGCCGAAAGACUGAAUCUACCAAAACUGUUAAGGAUUCCACAUCCAGAGAACGAUGACACAUGGUCCGCCAUGGAUAUCUGUGAUGGCUGGGCUAUCAAAAAAGAUUUUAAGACAGCACGAGCAGCUAGAUUGGACACAUAUAGAGCGGCAAAUUCGCUACUACGAAUGGCAUUAGAAGGAAAGAUUUGCUUGUACAUAUACCCAUCGAAUUGGACUCUCGAUAAAAAAAAAUGGGAAAAUCAUGUGGAUGUUGAGACAGUACGAUGGAUUCAAGCUAGAAAUAAAGGGAAUAAUUCCAAUACACCAAGUGAAAAUAUGUCUUCUGAAGAUGAAGAGACUGAUGAUGAAAGACUGAUGAUGAAAGAAUCUUCUGAAAGUGCAGCGAAUGAUAACUCGACAGAAUCGUCAAAUGAAGACAACGAUGUACCGCUUGCAGCUAAUAAAUUUUCAGCGUUAUCUACGGAAUAAUAAAAUGUUUUAUUGUUAUGUUGCAUA